UCACGCCGCACACAGUGCUCGCCGAAUAAACCAGAACCACCCUCCAGGUCUCUCCCUCGGCUCAGCAUUCACACGCGCGAUGGCUCCUCUGCUCCUGCUCCAGCUCCUCCUCCUCCCCAUCCAGCUCGUCCUCGCCGCCGUAGCCGAUGCGCUCCCCGAUUCCUGCGCCAAAGCCACAUGCGCCGGCCACGACAUCCACUACCCGUUCUGGCUCAACUCCUCUACGCCCAACUGCGUCUACCCCGCCGGGAUCAGCAUCGGCCUUAUCUGCCAGGACAACUCCACGCUGAUCCUCCCCCUCAAGACCCACAGAUACAUAGUGCUCAGCAUCGACUACAAGACGCACACCGUCCUCGUCUCCGACGCCGACAUCGCCGACAAGUACGCGGCCGGCGGCUGCCCGCGCCUCCACGUGAACCUCACCAUCGACACCGCCUGGCUGUGGCUCGCGCCCUCCGACUCCAACAUCACCUUCCUCUACAGCUGCAAGAAGAACAUUACCCUGUCAUCGGCCGUGGAGCUGAGUGGGUGCCAGCAACAGCUAGAAUACGGCAACAGGUCGUACGUGCUGCGGGACGGUGGGAUCACGGGCGCCGAGGCGUACGAGUACGAGUGCGAGGAGGUGGUGGUGGCGCCGGUGCUGGAUGCUCACAAGAAGGCAAUCGUGGGCGCGUCUGGCGCCCCGCCUCCGGGGAACGGAUCGUUCCAUGAGGUGCUGCAGGGCGGGUUCGAGCUGAACUACGACACCCACAACCACCAGUGCGACCGGUGCGAGGGCUCCGGCGGAUGGUGCGGCUACCAGCGCAACGAGACGCACGCCGGCGGCAUGAUGAGGUUCACCUGUUUCUGCGACGGCGGCCCGACCACGGAUCGAUGCGGUACACCAUAUUUUUUUUGUAGGGACACAUCAACAAAUUUAAUGUUCAUAAAACUUUAAUGAAAUACCAUUGAGACUAGCCUGAGGAUGGAUCUGCCACUUUCUCUUCCAACAUCGACAAGCGUGUAGGAGGCGGCUAACCUCCUUGCCCCAUCUAAUGUGCCGCUGAAGACAACCACUUUGAAUCAACAAAGUUUUUUUUUGUGAAUUUGAACCAAAGAAGGUUGAAGACAAGGGCGAAAUACUCAUUUCCCCAUGUUCUAUCUUCAUGAGUACGAGAAACUAAUAAAAUAAUAAGUGUGAUGUGUUUGGCAAAAAUUACACGAUUUCAUAAUGAUACUAGAUAAAUUUUUGAGUUAAAAGUGUCCGUCAACAAAUAUCAUGUUUCUCUGAUGCCCCUGAGUAAAACAUGGACAUGAAAAAAAAGCAGCUUGUCCUAGCUCCUUUCUCGCUCUGGUGAGUCCCGUCGUGGCCAUGGUCAGAUUUGCUCUCAUAUGAACAUAAACGCUGGUGUUCAUGGACAUGGCCGCUAGGGCACGCGCGCGUUGUGAGCUUUCGGGGUGGGGGACAUAGGGGCAGCAAGCCCAGAGCAUAGGAGCAUCGGGAGAGGUGUGGGGAAGAAAGAUGGGUCGUGUGGAAGAAAGAGAUAAGAAAAAAAAAGAAAAUAAUAAAAGAUAGAGGCAUUAUGAUCAUUUCAAUUUUUUAUAAGGAGCUAUUUUGUCAAACGUUUUAACAAAACAACUUAACUUAACUUUAUUAGUGAAGCUAUAGUGCAGGAAAAAGAAACUACUCCGCCAAUGAAGUAGGGCUGUGCUAAAUGGACCUUGACACUCUGUCAGGGGUCAUCAAUUGGAUCUGGGGGAAAAUGGCCCAAUUGGGACAGGCCGUAGUUUGGUCCACCAAGGCUAACCCGUUGGGCCAUAAAAAAAAAGCCAACCUGUCGUACACUAUAGGCGGGCUUAGGCCGAAAUCUAAAGCCUAAACCAGGCAUGAACUAAAUUUGGCUCAGAUUGUUACAUGUAUGUAAAUUUAGUUGGCCUUAGUGUAUUUGGUUUAGUGCCUAAGCUGGUCAAGUCAAAUUUAGGGCCCAUUUGAAUAAGCUUGGUUCCUAGUUACGGCUAAAAAAUAGCUUAAGUUUAUUGUGGUUGGAUAGCUAAUAUUUUUUUUGGCUAAUAGUUGAAGACUUAUUAAAAAUUAGCUCACCUAUUAACUUUUCUGUUGAGAUAUAUUAGAGCUAAUUUUUAAAAAUUUCUAGCCAGCUAGCAAUUCGCCUAAACAGUGUCUUUAAUCUGAAGCCCAUGCUUCCGGGCGAUCGAGGUUGUUCUACUGCACUAGGAGCCAGCCAAAAGACUUGACUCGAAGAGCAUAGCUUUGGCAACGAAGUCACGGUGAUUGCAAACUGAUCCAUCCCGGUCCCAGGUGGACGAUCGGUAGACCGUAGACCUGACGGGCAGAGAGGCGACUCUCUUCAUCCCGGGUGAAAUGAACGUAGUUUCGUGGAAAGAGCGAGGAUAUGCUACUAGUGAAGUACACGAACAAUAGAAAAGUGUGCAAACAUGGAAACACCUACCGCACUAGCGGGGUCAUUUAAAAGUCACUGGUGGCAUUAGGAAGAUCACCUCUACGGCAUGUUUAACACAGCUCAUAAUAGUUUCAUAAGUUGAGUUUUUUUUUUUUUUGCCAAACACUCUUUUAUAAAAACAAUUUUAUGGCUGUUUUUCUUCUCCUCUUAUAAAGACAUGAGUUAUAAUGAAGCUGAAAAAAGUAGUUUAUUUUAGCUCUCUUCCUUAUUUUUAUUCUUUUAUCUAUGCACAAAGUUGUUGAUGAAGAUAUUUUGUCAAACAACUUUUUUCAAAACAGCUCAGCUUCACUUAGAAAGUUGCUCAUAAAAUUGUUUUUUUUAAAAACGAUUUUACUAGUAAAGCUGAGUCCUACUAAUAAAUAGGGUCUACAUCUUUUCUGGUUUCUCAAUUCGACUCAGUCUUGCUAUAUAAUGUGUGCCACUAAGGCAGAAGGCACCUUUACCGUCAGACUCCCGCUUUUUAUUUUGUCAAUGGAUUUAAUGUGAAAACAGAGACUUGACUUGUGACCUCUCAGGCCGAACAAUUUUUCCUUACAAAUUGGUAUCACGAAAUCUGACAAGUGACAACACAGAUAGAGCCGGUGUUCAUAUGGAAGCAACUAUGUGACGUUAAGAGUCUAUUUGGUAGAAUUCUAAGAGAAAUCUAUAACUAUAUGAUGUUAAGAGUUUAUUUGACAGAACUAGUUGGGUUGGGCAACAAAAAUGAUUAGGUCAAAAUCUCUAGUUUGAAUUCGACCCAAGGCACUGGUGGCUUGGAUCUAGCUAUUUCAUAAAGUUAUCUUGCUUUAGGUUGAGAUAUGGGUCGAAAAUCAUUGUUUGAAUUUGACCCGAUAUACUGGUGGGUUAGGGUUUUUUUUGAACGGAUGGCCCAUAAACACAAUAGACUUUUAUAAAUAGUAUUUUAUUGAUAUAAUGAUUUUGUGAAAUGGUUUUUUGAAAUCAAUAAAAAAAGUUGUAAGCUGGAAAUUAACUGCUCCUGAUUCUUUAUUUUUUUGUCCAUGGAGUAUAUCAAAAAAAAAAGUGACACUUUCGGACAGAGGAUUAUUUCUCUAUGAAAGCCACUUUCCCGUACAGGAUCAAAAGCAAAAUGAGCUCCUAGGAAACCCAAUUGGGAGCACCGGUUCAUCAAUUAAAAAGAUGUGAUUCUAGAAAAGGAAUAGAAAAAACAUCUCGUGAGUGAAGACU